AUGCCAGGUACCGUGCGCCCAGGUGAGCCCGUACAAGUCGCCAUCAUAGGUGGUGGCAUUGUUGGUGUUGUACUUGCGGUUGGCCUUAUCCGCCAAAACGUCAAGGUCCGGCUCUUUGAGCAAUCCCAGGGUUUCCGUGAGAUAGGAGCCGGGAUUGCAUUUACAGCAAAUGCGAUUCGGUGCAUGGAACAGAUCGACCCAGCGAUCGUGACGGCUCUGAGAUCGAGUGGAUCCGUACCUACCUCUACCGGCGACGAAAAGGAUCCAAAUGACUAUCUGCGAUGGAUCGAUGGCUAUAAUCUCCACCGUGAAGACGAUCCAUACUACCAGCGGAUGCUGUACAAGAUCAAUGCGGGAUAUCGAGGGUUCGAGGGAUGCCGCAGAGACCAGUUCCUGGAAGCCCUCGUCAAGGUGAUACCGCCAGAGGUGGUCGAGUGCAAGAAGCGUUUGGAGAGUAUCGAGGAGCGAGGACUAGAGGAAAAGUUGAUCCUGACGUUUGUUGACGGGACGACUGUAGAGGUAGAUGCUGUAAUUGGAUGCGAUGGUAUCAAAUCACGCGUGCGGGAGAUUAUACUGGGAGAGGGAAACCCAGCCUCCUACCCUCACUACACGCACAAAGUUGCCUAUCGGACUUUAAUUCCCAUGGAAGAUGCCAUCAAAGCUCUCGGCGAAUACAAAGCAAAGAACCAACACAACCAUGUCGGGCCCAAUGCACAUCUUAUCCACUACCCCGUGGCAAACAAGAAGAUGAUUAAUGCCACCGCAUUUGUCUCGGACCCGAACGAAUGGCCUAACGACAGGCAGAUGGUCGCGCCUGGGUGCCGGGAAGAUAUGGAGAAAGCCUUUGCAGGGUGGAGUCCCUGCGUUCGCAACGUCGUUAAUCUUUUCCCAAAAGAACUCGAUAAGUGGGCAGUAUUUGAUCUGUGGGAUUACCCGGCUCCCUUUUACAAUAAGGGUAAGAUUUGUCUUGCUGGAGAUGCAGCCCAUGCGUCUAGCCCACAUCACGGGGCCGGUGCAUGUAUUGGGAUCGAGGACGCGUUGUGUCUUGCCACUCUGAUGAAGCAGGUCAAUGUCUCCGUACAGGCUAGCAGAGUGUCAAAGGGGAAGGCACUGAGUGCAGCAUUUGAGACCUUCAAUGCCAUCAGACGGACUAGGAGUCAGUGGCUAGUGAACAGUAGUCGAAGAGUCUGUGACUUUUAUCACCAGCCUGAGUGGGCAGAUCCAGCCAAAUGGGUCAAGGCUGAGACUUGUUUCGAGGAGUUGAAGGAUCGAUCUUAUAAGAUUUGGCAUUUUGACUACGAUGAAAUGAUCAAAGAGACACUCAAGAGUUACUCUAACAGAGAAGCUGCUUUGUUACAGGAAUCGUCAGAGGGGUCGGUUGAAAAAUAG